UUUUACCCACAUUGUUUAAUAUUUGUUCGUCGAUCGACGGCUAAGAAAAUGACGCAGUCAUUUGUCGGUGUAUUAUCGAUUUUUGAUCAUAAUAUAAAUGACUGGAAAACUUAUAAAGGUCGGUUGACGCAGUGGUUCAUUGCAAACGACAUAGACACUAAAAACGAUGUGACGGGAACCAAGAGACGGGCGAUCCUGCUCAGCGCACUCAAUGACAACACAUUCAAACUGGCAGCGGAUUUGGCUUUGCCUAAAGAAGUGCAACACGUGCCAUAUGAUGAUCUAGUGAAACUGUUGGAUGAUCAUUUCAUUCCAAAACGAUGCGGUUUCAGUGAGCGCCACAACUUUUACGCAGCCACGCAGCAGCCCGGCGAGUCAUAUACCCAGUGGGCGGCGAGACUACGAGGACUCACGGUACAUUGUGAGUUUAGCAAUGUAGAAGAGGCUUUGCGUGAUCGCUUCGUCAUGGGAAUGGAAGCGGGUCGGGAACGAGAGAAGCUGUUCGCUUAUGACUUGGCGGAAUUGACCCUGUCGAAGGCGGUGGAGGUGGCAGAAAGCGUCAAGUGUGCACGCGCAGGCGCUGCCGCGACCGCAGCGGAACGAGCUCAAGUGUUCAAAAUCGUGAAAGAACAAAAUAGUGCUAGACCCACCAGUGAAAGUGCCGGGAAAAAUAAGUGUUCGGUAUGUGGCCGCGUAAAUCAUACGUCUUCGGAGUGUCGGUUCGCGAAGUAUAAGUGUAAAAAGUGCAACGUUGUAGGUCAUCUGCGUAAGAUGUGUAGCAAGGUUAACUUCGUGCAAACGGCGGAUGUGAACGAGGAUGAUGAUGGUAUUUUUUUGUAUAAUAUACAUUCUGCUCGGGGGGAACCUUUGACAGAAACGGUUACAAUUAAUGAUAAAAAUGUAGAAUUUCAAAUCGAUAGUGGAUCAGCAGUGACUGUAAUAUCUGAGAGUACCUACAACAAAUUGUUUUACUGGUUGCCGUUGCGAGCGUCCCAGAAGCGUUUCUAUAGUUAUACAGGUAGCUUAAUGAAGUGUAUCGGGUAUGUGUCUUUGUCGAUGACUUAUAUGCAGUGCACUCAGGUACUCGACGUGUAUGUUAUACGUCAUGGCGGCCCACCACUACUAGGGCGAGAUUUUAUAGCGAAAUUUAAGUUACGGUUAGCUUCAAUCAACUUUCUUAGCGGCAAUAGUCAAAGCGUAGUUGAAAGAUUACAGUUACAGUUCCCUGAAGUAUUUUCCGAAAAGUUAGGCGUUUUUAAAAUUUUUAAGGUUAAGUUAAGAUUAAAAAACGAUGCUAAACCAGUUUAUUAUAAAGCACGGCCCGUUGCUUUUGCAUUACGUGAUAAAGUUGAUAAGGAAUUGGAACGUUUAGUAAGUUUAGGGGUGUUGAAACCGGUUCAACACUCGGAAUAUGCAUCACCUAUCGUACCGGUGCUUAAACGUGACGGUUCAGUACGACUAUGUGCGGACUAUUCUGUCACGAUUAAUAAGUUGUUGGAAAUUGAACAGUAUCCGUUACCCACAAUCCAUGAAUUAUUCUCAAAAUUACAUGGUGGUCAACAAUUUUCAAAAAUAGAUUUAUCGAUGGCAUACAACCAAUUUUUACUUGACGAGGAAUCACAAAAGUUCACGUGUAUUAAUACACACCGCGGAUUGUUUAGUUACACGCGACUAGUGUUUGGUCUGUCGAGCGCACCCUCAAUAUUUCAACGAGCGAUGGAAUCUUUGCUGUCCGGGUUAGAUGGCGUGUUAUGUUUGCUCGACGAUAUUUUGAUAACCGCCGAGACACGUGAAUUGCACAUGGAAAGAUUACAGGUAGUUCUCAAAAGGUUACAAGAUGCGGGGUUAACUUUACAAAAAAAUAAAUGCGACUUCUUUAAAGACGAGAUUCAGUAUUUAGGUUACGUAAUUAGUAAGUUCGGGUUACAGAAAGAUCCAUCCAAAGUAAAAGCCAUUACAGACGCUCCGGUUCCGACAAAUGUUAACACAUUGCAGUCAUUUCUUGGGUUGGUUAAUUAUUAUCGAAAUUUCGUUCCUCAAGCAUCGAGUAUUCUUUGUCCGUUGUACGAUUUUAAAAAAGGUAUCAAGUGGAAGUGGACCACAGAUCAUGAAAACGCUUUUCGUGAAAUAAAAAACAUUUUAACAUCUGAACAAGUACUUACACACUUCAAUUAUAAAUCUACCAUAAUUUUGACGGUAGACGCAUCGCCGUACGGUCUGGGCGCCAUUCUAUCACAAAUAGAUAAUGACGGUAUAGAACGCCCGAUAUCGUUUGCGUCUCGUACUUUGAAUACUGCAGAGAAACAAUACUCACAAAUACAAAAGGAAGCAACUGCGAUUAUAUUUGGAGUGAAACGGUUUCAUCAAUAUUUAUAUGGGCGAUCGGAGCCGUUUGUUUUACGUACAGAUCAUAAACCUCUGAUAUCUAUAUUUGGCCCAUAUAAAGGGAUACCAGAAGUUUCGGCUAACAGGUUGCAAAGGUAUGCGAUGUUUUUAAGCGCAUAUAACUAUACAAUCGAAUAUGUUCGAAGUACCGACAACAAUGCUGACUAUUUAUCUCGUGCAAGUUUGCGCGAGGUUGAGCGAUCGAAAGACAAAACAGAGGGCGACGCACACGCCGCCGCUACCUCUGCGCUUAUCGAUCGCGCUACGUACGUACACUUUGUUGUUGAAGGCAACAUACCAGUAACUUUGAAUGUAUUACGUAAGGAAACUAGCGAAGAUAUUGUAUUAAUGAAGGUUAUUAAUUAUGUCCUUAAUGGUUGGCCAAAGACAUUAUUAUUAGAUGAACAAAUGAAACCUUACUAUUUAUGUAGAACACAGCUAUCGUACGAGAACGGGUGUUUAAUGAGAGGAUAUAAGGUCGUUCUACCUGAAAAAUUACGUACCAAAGUCUUGCUAGAGCUACACAACUCACAUUUAGGGAUAGUGAAAACGAAAGCAGAAGCCAGGUCGCGUUUUUGGUUUCCGGGGGUAGACGCGGCAUUAGAAACGAUGAUAAGGUCCUGUGAAGUAUGCCAACAGCUGCGACCGUCUCCAGCUCGAGCACCGCUCGCUCCGUGGCAGUACCCUACAGAGCCAUUUUACAGGCUUCACAUUGAUUUUUUAGGACCAGUAAAUAACCAAAUGUUUCUAGUCGUAGUAGAUGCACAUACCAAGUGGGUAGAAGUAUAUGAUGUAAGCUCAUCUACUGCUUCAACAAUGGUUAUAGAAAAGUUAUACGAUUUUAUGUCAAAAUAUGGUUUACCUCAUACGAUCGUAAGCGACAACGGCUCCGCGUUCACGUCUUACGAGUUUAGGAAUUUUUGUUCUUUAAACGGUAUUACCCACUUGACAUCGCCAGCUUAUAACCCAGCUAGUAACGGUCAGGCAGAAAGUUUUGUGAAAAUUGUGAAAAAGGGCAUUAAAUCGAGUAUUCUGUCUUCACGAAAUAAGAAAGCGUGUAAGUUGAAGAUAUUAAAAUACCUUUUCGAUUAUAGGAAUUCCGUCCACUCUGUCACAGGGUUCUCACCAGCUGAGCUAGUAUACGGCCGUAAACUUAGGUCGCGGUUAGAUUUACUUAACCCUAGAACGCCGUCGUCCUCGCCCACAUCUCUUAUUGAUAACGUUGUACAUCAACAGUGCUCGCAAAUUAAGUCAAAUAAGGGAAACAAUAAACAAGUGUUUAAGCCUGGCGACCAAAUAUUAUAUAAAAAGUAUGUAAACAAUUUUAAAUAUCAGUGGUGUAAAGGUGUCAUUAAAAAGAAGCUAGGGAAAGUAUUGUAUUUGAUUCAUGAUUCUAAUACUUUGGGUGACGUCAAAAAGCAUAAGAAUCAAAUUAUUUUAGGCAAUAACAAUGUCCUACAACCAGCACAAGAACAUUAUGACUUUGAUGAUUAUGAAAGUCUCAAUAAUUCGCCAGCCGGUAGGAUUCCCGAGCCAACCGUGGGGGAAGAGGGAAGUGAUACCACGAACUUGCCCUCUUCAUGCUCCGCAAUAACCGUGCCGGAGCGACCAGUUUCGAGGUGUUCAAAUAGAUUACUGAGAAACAUUCCUCCCGUAGAUUAUAAGCCUUAUUUGUAAUAUUUAAUUUCAUUAUGAUCCUUGUUGAUAUUUGGGUCAAAUAAGGGGAGGAAAUGUUGUGUAUUUGUUA